UGCUGCGGAGUUGCCUAUUCUAGUGAGCGCGUUUUGGUGUUGAAUCGCGCCCUCCUUUUCUCUUCUUCUACCCUUUCACCUGUUGACAUAUUCUAUACACCAUGCACAGAUCCAGACCAGAGAAUGCACGAGCAUUAGACAAUCGCAAGAGAAGAGAGAACGAUUGUUCAAAUCUGAAUUCCCCGAUUGGAAAGCAAGAGACGACGACCGCACACUCAACCGAUCCGCCAACAGCUCCUCUCCUGAAAGAUAAAGACGUCAAUCAACGAUCCGUUCAUUCUUAUGGACAUGGUACAACAAAAUCAAAUGAAAAGGAACGAGCAUCUUCCGCUAGCACAUCAUUGAAGGGCCCUGCUUUUCAAAGAUCUAAGCUCAAGGUAUUCAGCGACAAAGAGAACGCCGGCAGGACAACAAAGGAAACGCCUUCAAGUUUACGAAAGAAACCCAACGUUGUACCAAUCAAACGAUCAAGCUCAGAUCUGGACACAUCGUCACCUGUGGGCAAAAGAGUGGAAACUGAAUCACCAAGUACAAAGGCUAUUGAAAGAGGAUUCUUACAAGAAGAAGAGUUACCGUAUCUUCCAGACGUUGAAAUCGACUUUUCAGCGUUCAACGAUCGACUCAACUUUGAUGCAUACGAUACCACGGCAGCCGAGGGAGAGGAUGAAACGCCGAUAAAAAUUCAUCUCGAUACCAAUGACGAAUGGGACAUUCCAUUUGAACGCAACGAUGCAAGUCCAUUGAAUUUCUUACGUUCAGAAGAGGCUACAAAAGCAUCAACCCCAACAGAGACAACAGAAACAAAGGAUGAAUUGAAACAUGAAGCAAAGUUGGAGUUUCCAUCAGAAAUCGAGUAUGCACCACCGAAAGAGAAAGAACUUGCAUAUGAACCGGCAGUUGCCCUUGACGUGUCGGUGUUCUCGGAAAUGCCUUACCUAGUUGCAUACGAAAACCAUAGUUUCGAUCAGGAAUUCACCACCCUUGAUACUACAGAUGAUGAUGACGAUCUGAUCAACCGUAAGAUAAGCUUGAAUGCCUACGCUAGCAAGUGGUUGGAGUGUGAGAUCGAGGACAAUGGUGAUGAUGACAACGACACAGAAGAAUUCGAGCUGUUGACUGAUCUAGAGCAAGAUCCCUUCUUCCAAGUUAUGGAGACCAUGAAGGCGGAAGACGAACCCGAACUGUUUGCUGACCAUCUAUUCGACGUCAAUGCUUAUCCCAACGAUAACAAUCAACAAGCCGCCACUGCUACUGCAAACUAACACUGCAAAGAAGAUUCUCCGAGCUAUUUCAAUAAAAACAAAAAUACCUAUCAUUCCAUUACUGCUCACUUAUUCGCCAAAUAUGGUAGACAUCUCCAAAUGUAUAACUUGUAGGAGGAGUUCGGGUCGGGGAGAGGUCGGGGUCAUUUUUCUUUUCUGUUUGUAUGGUGGAAGAAGAGGGGUUUUUAUUUGCUUUCGCUGGUUGUGGAUGGUCAAAUAACUCCUGAAGCAUGAAUGUGUCAAUUCGUCGAGGGGCUGAGUCAUGAUGAGCAGGGGCACUGAACUCGAUCACGAUGGUCAUGCUGUACUUUAAACAAAC